CCCCUCCGUCUCCCCCCUGCCCGCCCGCCCGGCGCCCCGCCCGCCGAUGGCGCGGCCCCCCGGCCCCCGGCCCCCGGCCCCCAGGAAGGUCGGGGCCGCGCUUUGCAUCACCCCUGGGCGUCGGGCUGCCCUCGAAGAACGAAUUCGAAGAAAACAGGAGGAGGAGCGGCGUGCGCGGCGCCGGCGCCCAUUGGCCGCCCGUGGGGACCUCGGUUUUCGGGGUCAUGUUCCCAGAAGGCCUGCCCUCCCCCCUCCCCUCCCCACCCACCCGGGAGGUGUUGGCCAAUCGCUCGGGCAGGCAAUAAAGUGGCUGACAGCCCGCGGGGCUCCCAGCCCGGAGGUGGCACCCCCGCCAGGCGCAGGCCGGGAGCUCGGACACCAGCAUGUGGGCACCGCCCGCGAGGAGGACGCUGCUCAUUCUGACCCUCAGGCUCCUGUUCCUGCACCCUGCAGCCCCCGGCGCCUGCCCGGGCAGCAGCCAGGAGCUCCUCACGCAGCUGUGGAAGCUGGCGAACCUCAUGCAGCACCCCGGCUCGCUCCUGGAGCCCUACAUCCAAGUCCAAGGCCUGGAGGAGUCGGGACUGGCCGGGAGCUGCCGGCAGCGGCCCGGGGCCUUCCCCGGCCUGCAGGAGCUGCGGACGCUGGGCCCACGGGCCUUCCUGCAGACCCUGAGCGCCCAGCUGGGCCCCGUGCUGCGCCGGCUGGCCGCACUGCAGCAGGAGGCCCCCCACCCGGCCUGGGGCGAGGCCCAGCGCUACCUGCUGGGCAUCCGGAACAACAUCCACUGCCUGGCCCUGCUGCUGCCCGCCCCCCCGGAAACGCCCGGCCCCCCGCCGGCGCGCCCCAGGACCCCCCCGCCGCCCCCCGCCACCCCCAACAGCUUCGCCCGCAAGCUGGAGGGCUGCUGGCUGCUGCACGGCUUCCACGGCUUCAUGCGCGCGGCCGGCCAGGUCCUGGGCGAGUGGAGGGCGGCCCCCGGCCCCCGGAGCCGCAGGCACAGCCCCCGCCGGGCCCUGCGGGGCGGGGGGCGCCGGCCGCGCGGGAGGCAGCCCCCCAGGAGGGGCCGGAGACAGGAGCCCCGGGGACAGCCGCCCCGGUAGCCUCAGGGGUCCCCCGCCCCUCCCAGCAGGGGCAGGACCAGCAGGUGCUCCUCAGGAGACUCCCCGCCUCCACACCUGCUCCCCGUCUCUCCGACGUGCACUUUAAAGGGGUGACAGCCCGCAGGCUCCUCUACCUCCUCCCGGACGGGAGACAGGACGUGUGUCUCCCCCCUCCCCCAGCCCCGAGUUCCCCCAGCCCGGGGGGGCGGCCGGGCCAGGCCACGUGGGGCCAGCUUUCCAUUGAUUCAGGGGUCUGAUGACACAGGCUGACUCACACCAGACGGCCGCCCCCCCGCCCGGCCCGGAGUGCUGCCGGCCGGCCCUCUCAUGACUGGCAGAGCCGUGGCCCCCAGACUUCCUCCUUUCGGGGCCGGUGUGGUUCUGGGGGUGGGGGUGGGGGUGGAGAGGGGGGCGGUCAGGGCCUGAGCUGGGCUCCGAUGCCUCAUCACCGGACACCUGGACGUCUGGGUGACCUCACUGGGGCAGCGAUGACAGGGCAGAGCGUCCU